CCCGGUGCAGCUGUCAAACGUGAGUUCAUAAAACUGGACACUUAAUUAAAAGCAAGGACUGUCGUUUUCGAAUAACGUACUUACAUCAACCGGUGACUAUCGCUCAAUCAGCAGAAGUGACUUAUUUGCAGAAGAACAAGAGAGAAGGAGAUGUUUACUUCAGUAAGGAGGUGACAUUGGGGAGCACAGAUACUGCUGGAUAUGACUCCAAAUAAGUGAAAGACAGAGUCAGAUCUUUUUGUGAACUUAUCUGAACGUUUCAAUGAACAUUCAGGCGUUUAAAUAAGUGGUAUUUCAAUUGUAUUAGUUUUAAAAUGGCUUGGAGGUCACGAUUGUCUUACUUUGGGCUGAGGCAUCUGAGUAUUUUCUCGAACCCGUCUCCCUCCAGCUGGACUAAAGUGGUGUCCGAUGCGGAGAAGAUUGUAGGAUAUCCGACUUCAUUCAUGAGUUUACGCUGUUUGCUCAGUGACGAGCUCAGUAAUGUGGCCAUGCAUGUCAGGAAGCUGGUGGGGACGAAACACCCUCUGCUUAACACCGCCAGAGGAUUUGUGUAUGACAGCCGGAAUAAUCUUCAGAUGCGAGGACUUGUUGUGCUGCUAAUGUCAAAAGCUGCCGGUCCGAGUAGCAGUGACCCGAUCCAUGACAGUAUGGUCAGCGGCAUCUACCCCAGCCAGAGGAACUUGGCAGAGAUCACGGAACUGAUUCACACGGCCUUCCUGGUGCAUCGUGGGAUUGUUAAUCUGAAGGAAUGGACAAACUCGGAUGGGCCUCUCAAAGACAUGCAGUUUGGGAACAAGAUGGCGGUUCUGAGCGGUGAUUUUCUGUUGGCAAAUGCCUGCACAGGAUUGGCUCAGCUCAAUGACACCAAGGUGGUGGAGCUGAUCUCCAGUGCUAUUGGAGAUGUGGUGCAAGGAAUCUAUCACGAGAGCUCAGGUUCUGCAGAGGAGGACAGUCUAACAGUUGCUUCCUGGGAAGACCAGGCAUUCCUGUCCCAUGGUGCUUUGCUUGCCAAGAGUUGUCAAGCAGCUAUGAAGCUGGCCAGACACAAUACAGAGGCUCAGAAUUUGGCUUUUCAGUACGGAAAACACCUCGCUUUGGGACACAAGCUAAACUCUGAGUUACAGCCGUUUGUGAAGAGCGGCUCAGAAGGGGCUGUGUUUCAUUUUGACUCGGCUCCUGUAGUCUUUCACAGACAAAUCGUAGGACCUGAGAGAUGGCAGCAGCAGCUAAAACAGGCCCAGAAUAUGUCUAGACAGAUUGAUUACACCAAGCUCCGGGGCCUGAUAAAGAUGGAAAGAGGCGUCAGCCAGGCACUUGACCUGUGCAGUUACCACGGCAACAAGGCCUUAGAGGCCAUGAAGUGCUUCCCACCCUCAGAUGCUCGGUCUGCGCUGGAAAACAUGGCCUGUGCCCUCAACAAGUUCUGAAGACGCUUCCAAUCUGGAUGUAUAUACGAAUACAAAUCAGACACAGAUCAACACUGAGCCUGUCUGGAAUGUGAUCAUGUUUUUGGCACUGUUUUAAGAGGAUUUACUUUAUAUUUGUGGUUUCUACACAGAUGAUGAUUAUAACAGUCGAGUUUACUGGACUUAUACUCAUUCUAUGCACUUGGUCAGAAUCAGCUUUAUGUUUUUAAAUAAAAUGAGAUAUGUUUUUGGAGAAAA